GAUCCAGCGAACGGGGCCGGUGACCAGUAAAGCGGGACCGGUGCCCUGUAAAGCGGCGCCGGUACCGCCGUUAUGGAGACGUCGGGGCAUCUCCACGAUUCGGGCGUGGGGGACUUGGAGGAGGAUGGUCGGUGUCCCUGCCCGCUACCGGGGGAUGAACGGUCACCGCCGCCGCCCUCCGCGCUGCCGCCGCUUCAACACAGCCUGUUGCACUCCUCGCCCGGGUCGUUACGGGCCCCUCCUCCUCCUCCCGCCGCCCCCGCCGCCCUCCACCCUUCCUCCCGCCACGGCAGCCAGCUCAACCUCGGCGACCACCCAGCGGGCUCUGGGGUGGCGAGUGGCAAACAUCGGCAGCCCAGCCCCUUGGUCCAUCGGCGGGACAGCAACCCCUUCACCGAGAUUGCCAUGAGCUCCUGCAAGUACAGCGGAGGAGUGAUGAAGCCCCUCAGCCGGCUCAGCGCAUCCCGACGGAACCUAAUCGAGGCUGAGCCAGAGGCACAACCCCUGCAGCUCUUCGGUGCCGGUGGACCUCCGGAGAUCGUUGUCUCGCGUGAGGACAACCACGCACCCACCACCCGCCGUCCCACCCGCCCGCCCGCCCGCCCGGCCCCCACCACCUUUGCCAAGGGGCCCAAGCGCAAGGCGCAAAACAUCGGCUACCGGCUCGGGCACCGCCGGGCGCUCUUCGAGAAGAGGAAGCGCCUCAGUGACUACGCGCUCAUCUUCGGCAUGUUCGGCAUCGUUGUCAUGGUCAUCGAGACCGAGCUCUCCUGGGGGCUCUACUCCAAGGACUCCAUGUUCUCCCUGGCCCUGAAAUGCCUUAUUAGCCUCUCCACCGUCAUCCUGCUGGGCCUCAUCAUUGCCUACCACACACGGGAGGUGCAGCUCUUUGUGAUCGACAACGGAGCCGACGACUGGCGGAUAGCGAUGACCUACGAGCGCAUCCUCUACAUCAGCCUGGAGAUGCUGGUUUGUGCCAUACACCCCAUCCCUGGGGAGUACAAAUUUUUCUGGACAGCCCGCCUGGCUUUCUCCUACACACCCUCUCGGGCAGAGGCGGACGUGGACAUCAUCCUGUCCAUCCCCAUGUUCCUGCGCCUCUACCUGAUCGCUCGGGUGAUGCUGCUGCACAGCAAGCUCUUCACCGACGCCUCCUCACGCAGCAUCGGGGCCCUCAACAAGAUCAACUUCAACACCCGCUUCGUCAUGAAGACGCUCAUGACCAUCUGCCCCGGGACGGUGCUGCUGGUCUUCAGCAUUUCCCUUUGGAUCAUCGCUGCGUGGACAGUCCGCGUGUGCGAGAGGUACCACGACCAGCAGGAUGUAACCAGCAACUUCCUGGGUGCCAUGUGGCUCAUCUCCAUCACCUUCCUGUCCAUCGGCUACGGUGACAUGGUCCCGCACACCUACUGUGGGAAGGGGGUCUGCCUCCUCACUGGCAUCAUGGGUGCUGGCUGCACGGCACUGGUGGUGGCUGUGGUGGCCAGGAAGCUGGAGCUCACCAAAGCUGAGAAGCACGUCCACAACUUCAUGAUGGACACACAGCUGACGAAGCGGAUCAAGAACGCGGCAGCCAACGUCCUGCGGGAAACGUGGCUCAUCUACAAGCACACCAAGCUGCUGAAGAAGAUCGACCAUGCCAAAGUCAGGAAGCACCAGAGGAAGUUCCUACAAGCCAUUCACCAGUUGCGGAGCGUGAAGAUGGAGCAGAGGAAGCUGAGUGACCAAGCCAACACCCUUGUUGACCUCUCAAAGAUGCAGAACGUGAUGUACGACCUCAUCACCGAGCUCAACGACCGCAGCGAGGACCUGGAGAAGCAGAUCAGCGGCCUGGAAUCCAAGCUGGAGCAGCUCAGUGCCAGUUUCAACUCCCUGCCGCUGCUGAUGGCUGACAUGCUGCGGCAGCAGCAGCAGCGCCUGCUCACAGCCAUCCUGGAGGCGCGGGGAGUCGGAGUGCCAGGGGGCACCCCCCAAACGCCUCUCUCCGAGAGCCCCAUCGGUGUCAGCUCCACCUCCUUCCCCACCCCUUACACGAGCUCAAGCAGCUGCUAAAAUGCAGCCCCUCAGCCCCCCGUGGACAGGGGAAGCAAUUUCCGUACAGGUCACGAGGUCUCCGUGAACUUCCUUCUGGUCCUUGAACCGCUGCAGGGCCCUUCAGCUGGAGCCGGUGGGACCGGCAGUGCCGAGCAACGCUUGGAGCUUUGCCAACGCCUUGGUAUCGGGAAUCGCAUCCCUGUUCAGGUGCCUCUACACGUGGUGAAGGAAAGGGGACGGGAGGUGACGCCUCGGGCCGGCCCAUGCUGUGGCGUCUGGUGGCGGACAGAAAACCCACGCUCAAUCUCAGGUCUUCACAUUUGAAAACAAAACAGAACAUCAAGUCAGAAGCACUGAAGCAACGGAGACACCAGAGGGAGAGUUUUUCUCUGCAGGGCACUCCCCUCUCACCAUCGCCAAGCCCCACCAGGCAGAUGCCAACGUGAGGGCUCCUUACGCAGGCUCUGGCUGACGCUGCCCAUGCUCCAUCCCAUAUCCUUGCCAGGACCCACAAGAACCCCCCCCCUCACAUUGCCAGCUGGGUGACAGUUCCUGGCUGUAACCGGCCCGUGGGGGGGUUCUCUGGAGCUGUGAGUGUUUUCUGUCUGGGGAAGAACAAGGGACCCUUCUUUCUGGUCCUCAGUGUCAUACCCUGCCUGUGCCAGAGCCGGGACAGCAGUGCCUACAGCGUGCAGGGCCGCACGGGGCUGCCCCUGGCCAGUGAUGGGGCUGGCGGGCCAGCCCUGGCACCAGAGGGUCUCCAGGUGCCCACAUCACCCCCUUCUGGGGACCCCCCAGCACCUUGAGAAGCCAGUGGGCUCUUUGAGGCAGCCUCAGAAGUGCUGGAUGGAACACUCCAUCAGCACCGGCCAUCUCCACUUGUACCAGGAACAUCCACACUCAAGCCCAGCUGUCAGUGUCGAAUCCACCGGGGCCAAGCGGGAGCUCACUGGCAAGUGAUGCGGUAGCUGGGGUGGGUGCUUCAUCUGUUUAAAACAAAGCCCAUCGGCUUCAUGCCACUUCUGCUGGGUUUGGUGGGGAGCAGCAGCACCCUCUGGAACCGUCUUGGCAAUGGCACUGCCACCCAUGCCUGCCAAAGUGCAGCCCCUCAGCCUCCCUUUUACUUUUUUGCUGGUGUUCAGCUUCCUGAGGUACCCUGGGCAUCAUUUGGCUGCUUCUGGAACCAGCUACUUUCAGUUCUGCUUUCACCAUUUCCCCUUUUUUCCUCCUCAGUUCUGCCCCAGGUUUCCUGGGUCCGUGCAUAGAGCUGUGCAGGGCUCUGACUCUGGAGCUGGUGUUUGCUGCUUUCCAUGAAAACUCAGCAGAGAAUAUUUAUAUAUUUUUAAACAGAUGAAGGAACCGUGUAAUUACUCUGUGCUAUUAAUUACACCUCACCCAGCAGUGUCAGUAAUUGUAAUCAAAGUCACUGUGUUACUCCAGGUAUACUCAGCCUGUAACGUUGUCCUCUGUAAUUUUUUCCCUUCCAUAAAUAACGCUGGAUUUUGUGCACACGCAGGGGCAGAGGCAACACCGCCCUCCCACACCACCACCUCCCCACAGCCAAUGCCGAGGAAAUUCUUUGCUGCCGGUGGUGUGAGGUGGUUACGCUCCUUGUACCGUGCAAUUAGAGUGGCAUAGAAAACAAGCAGUAGUUAGUGAGGAGGGCUGCCAGCCUGCUGGCCCCAGGAGGAGGAGGAGGAGGAGGAGGAGGAGGA